CUCUUGUUCCUUCUCUCAAUAGCGUACCUACCUAUAUGCACAGCAAACUGCAGAAUAGAGCCUUCUCCAUGACUCCCCUCUACAUACUCCUCGGGCUUCUUCUCUUCUCCCUGCACGCUCCGCCAUGUUCUGCUGCAAAUGAUACUCUCGCGGCAGGCCGAGCACUGGCCGUCGGUGACAAGCUCCUCUCAAGGAACGGCAAGUUCGCGCUUGGCUUCUUCCAGCCAGAUGCAGGCAUCAGUAAGUCAUCCGACAACACCACCUCUCCCGGCUGGUACCUUGGCAUAUGGUUCAAUAAGAUCCCAGUUUUUACUGUUGUAUGGGUUGCUAAUAGGGAGAGGCCGAUCACUGACCAGGAACUCAAACUAACACAGCUCAAAAUCAUAAGAGAUGGCAAUCUAGCAAUCUUAAACAAUGCCACUGCUGAAUCCAUAGUCUGGUCCACUCACAUUGUCAAUAGGACAACAACCAGCAUGAACACUAGUGCCAUUCUCUUGAAUAGUGGAAACCUGGUCAUAGAAAGCCCCUCUAAUGUAGAGUUGUGGCAGAGCUUUGACUACCCAACAGAUGCUGUGCUUCCUGGCGCCAAGUUUGGCUGGAACAAGGUCACCCGUCUGAAUCGUAUUGCCAUCUCAAAGAGGAACCUAAUUGAUCCAGGUCUCGGCUCAUACAGCGUUGAACUAGACAGCAACGGUACCAAAGGGGUGAUCCUCAGGCGUCGCAACCCCUCUGUGGAGUAUUGGUCUUGGACAUCGGACAAAUCACCAACGCUUAUACCACUACUCAAGUCGCUGCUAGACAUGGAUAAACGAACCAAAGGUUUGAUCAUCCCUGCAUAUGUUCGUAAUAACAGUGAAGAGUACUACACAUACACUUCAUCAGAUGAAUCCUCUUCAUCAUUCGUCUCAAUAGACAUGUCUGGCCAGAUCAAGAUGAAUGUUUGGUCGCAAGCCAACCAGUCUUGGCAAAGCAUAUAUGCCCAACCAGCUGAUCCAUGUAGUCCGCAUGCAACCUGUGGACCUUUCACCAUCUGCACUGGCAAUUCAUCUUCAUUGUGUGAUUGUAUGGUGAGCUUCUCUCGGAAGUCACCUCGAGAUUGGGAGCUUGGUGAUAGAACAGAAGGGUGCUUCAGAAACACUCCGUUAGAUUGUACUGCUAGUAACAACAACACAACAAGUUCAACAGACAUGUUCCACCCCAUAACUCACCUUAAAUUGCCCUAUAACCCCCAAAGCAUACAAGAUGCUACCACUCAGAGCAAAUGCGAACAAGCUUGUCUCACCUCCUGCUCUUGCACUGCUUAUUCCUAUCAAAAUAACAGAUGUUCUAUCUGGCAUGGGGAUUUGCUUAGUGCAAACAAGAAUGAUGGCAUUGAAAUUAAAUCAGAAGAUGUUCUUUACCUCCGCCUUGCCGCCAAAGAUUUGCAAAGUUUGAGAAAAAACAAAAGAAGACUAAACGUUGGACUUGUUACUGCUGCAAGCAUAAUUAGUUUUGUGUUACUAAUGAUCAUGCUCUUGCUACUUAUUUGGAGGAACAGAUUCAAGUGGUGCGGUGGGCCAUUAAACUACAGCCAAGCUAGUGGUGGAAUUAUAGCCUUUAGAUACACUGAUUUAGGUCAUGCUACUAAAAAUUUCUCAGAAAAGUUGGGAGCAGGUGGUUUCGGCUCUGUAUUUAAGGGGGUGUUAAGUGACUUGACUACUAUAGCAGUAAAAAGGCUUGAUGGUGCCCGUCAGGGAGAGAAGCAAUUUAGGGCUGAGGUGAGCUCAAUAGGACUGAUCCAACAUAUCAACCUAGUCAAAUUGAUUGGUUUCUGCUGUGAAGGUGAUAAGAGGCUACUCGUGUAUGAACACAUGUCAAAUGGUUCUCUUGAUGCUCAUCUAUUUCAGAGCAAUGCUACUGUCCUAAACUGGAGCAUUAGGUAUCAAAUAGCCAUAGGAGUUGCAAGAGGGUUGUCCUACUUGCAUCAGAGUUGCCAUGAAUGCAUCAUACACUGUGAUAUUAAGCCAGAAAACAUACUUCUCGAUACAUCAUUUGUUCCUAAAAUUGCAGACUUUGGGAUGGCAGCAUUUGUAGGAAGGGAUUUUAGUCGAGUUUUGACUACAUUCAGAGGAACUGUAGGGUAUCUUGCCCCGGAGUGGAUUAGCGGAGUUGCGAUUACACCAAAAGUUGAUGUUUAUAGCUUUGGCAUGGUACUAUUAGAAAUGAUAUCAGGAAUGAGGAAUUCACCUGAAGUACAAAGUGGCAGCAGUAAUCAUGUUGCUUAUUUCCCUGUACAAGCCAUCAGCAAGCUUUGUGGGGGAGAUAUGCGGAGUUUGGUGGAUCCACAAUUACAUGGUGACUUCAAUUUGGACGAGGUUGAAAGGGUUUGCAAAGUUGCAUGUUGGUGCAUCCAAGAUAAUGAGUUUGAUCGGCCCACAAUGGGUGAAGUGGUCCGGGUUCUUGAGGGUCUCCAGGAGCUUGAUAUGCCCCCAAUGCCAAGACUACUUGCAGCCAUAACGGGAUACUCAGACGUGCCUUCAGUGUAAGAUUAAUUCAAAAUACUUUGUAAUCGAUCAAUGUUGCUAGUCUUUGUUUCAGCAAAAUUUAAAUUUGUAAUGUGGAACAGAAGAAAAGCUUGCAAUUGCUAAAUUGUACCA